UCACAUUGUAGAAGGUAUUCAUAUUGAUGGUAUUUUUCAGAAGGCAAAACAAUUAAUAGAAGCUGUAAGGAAUAAGGAGAAAAGGAAAUGGGAUUUUAUAUAUUGUUAUAGCAAUUGGAUAGUUGGAGAAGAAGAUUAAGGUGUGAGGGAAUUGAGAGUCGUUUCAGUUUUUCCCAAUGGGAGAUGUCUGUUCAAGUUGUUGCGGUUCCACUCCACCUGAAGAUGAACAAAAGAAAAAUGAAACCGAAGGUGGAAUGGUUGAAAAUAAAGAAGGCGAAGGCGAAGGUGAAGGCAAAGCCGAAGCCAAAGCUGCCGCUGAUACUGCCGGUGCAGGAGACGGCAGUGGCGAUGAUGCCAUCCAAAAGGACCCCCCUGAAGAGAUGAAGAUUGUAAAGGACGAGAAAGGAUCCGGAGAAGAAAUUCAAACCCAAAUCCAAACACAAAAAUCAAAGUUGACCCAAAGACAACAAUCAACAAUGUCUAUGAAGAGGCAACAAUCGUCGGUUUCGAUGUCGAUGACUAUGCAGAGGCAACAAUCCAAGGCUACCCAAAGGCAACAGUCUAAGGCUCAACCCCUAAGACUUGAAUCCAAACCAUCACAGAUUGCUAUCGCGGCAGCAGCGGCUGUUGUGUCGGGGAAAAAGGAAGAGACUAAGGCUGAUACCGCGAAACCUCGAAAGCCUCAUAAUGUGAAGAGGCAGGCAUGUGCGGGGCUGAAGGUGGAGUCUGUGUUACAAACCAAGACAGGUAACUUGAAAGAAUAUUAUAACUUGGGGAAGAAGUUAGGGCAAGGCCAGUUUGGUACAACUUUUCUUUGUGUGGAGAAAGGUACCGGUAAGGAGUAUGCUUGUAAGUCAAUUGCCAAAAGGAAACUUGCAACUCCAGAAGAUGUAGAUGAUGUCAAGAGGGAAAUUCAGAUAAUGCAUCACCUGGCUGGCCACCCUAAUGUUGUCACCAUCAAAGAGGCUUAUGAGGAUUCCGUGGCCGUUCAUGUCGUCAUGGAGCUGUGUUCCGGGGGAGAACUCUUCGAUAGAAUCAUACAGAGGGGGCAUUAUUCCGAAAGAAAGGCGGCUGAUCUAGCAAGAACUAUAGUUGGUGUUGUUGAAGCCUGUCACUCCAUGGGAGUAAUGCAUAGGGAUCUCAAGCCUGAAAACUUUCUUUUCAUUAAUCAACAAGAGGAUUCGCCUCUUCAAGCCAUUGAUUUCGGAUUAUCAAUAUUCUUCAAGCCUGGGGAUACCCUAAGUGAUGUGGUUGGAAGCCCAUACUAUGUCGCACCCGAGGUUUUGCAGAAGCGUUAUGGUCCUGAAGCAGAUGUGUGGAGUGCUGGGGUGAUCGUUUACAUUCUCUUAAGUGGUGUGCCUCCUUUCUGGGGCGAAACCGAACAAGAGAUAUUUGAAGAGGUUUUGCAUGGUGAACUUGACUUCGCAUCUGAUCCUUGGCCUAACAUCUCCGAAAGCGCGAAAGAUUUAGUGAAGAAAAUGCUUGUCAGGGACCCAAAGAAGCGGAUAACCGCGCAUGAAGUACUGCGACAUGCUUGGGUAGCGGUCGACGGGGUGGCUCCGGACAUGCCACUUGAUUCCGUGGUCUUGAGUCGUAUGAAGCAAUUUUCCUCAAUGAACAAGCUAAAGAAAAUGGCCUUGAAGGUGAUUGCCCAGAGACUUUCCGAAGAAGAAAUAGCUGGGUUGAAGGAAAUGUUCAAGAUGAUAGACGCAGAUAACAGUGGCCAAAUCACAUAUGAUGAGCUCAAAGUUGGGUUGAAGAAAUUUGGUGCUGAUCUUGAUGAGUCAGAAUUCCAUGCUCUAAUGAAGGCUGCGGACGUUAACAAUAAUGGUACAAUCGACUACGAAGAAUUCGUAGCUGCAACAUUGCACUUAAACAAGAUCGAAAGGGAAGAUAAUCUCAUGGCCGCCUUCUCGUAUUUCGACAAAGACGGCAGCGGCUACAUCACUCAAGAUGAGCUUCAAAAAGCUUGUCAGGAGUUCGGUAUCGAGGAGAUCCACCUGGACGAAAUGAUCGGAGAAAUCGACACGGACAACGAUGGUCGGAUAGAUUAUAAUGAAUUUGUGGCAAUGAUGCAGAAAGGGAACCCUGAAAUUGGUGGUAAGAAGGGUCUUUUUACCAAUGGAGUUAAAGGCAAUGCCACUUAGACAACCAAAUACAAUCCUUCUAU